CGUUAUGCGAGGCUCUCCCUUCUGCGUGCGGCCAAAUAUUGUUUAUUAUCUCCAAAACGAGCGAGCAACACAUCGACUGAGAUGCUAAUUGUCUCAUGUUUCACCUGUGAUUGGGAAAUAAGGCUAAUUGUGCACGCGAAGCCACGAUAAUGCAUCCGGUGCCUUCAUGCUCCCUGGAUGACGAAGACAUAUUUGACUUUAUACAGACAGGAAACAUUGAACAAUGUGCACUGUUCAUUGAAAGUGACAAAUCGAUCCUCAGGGAGAAAGGCUGGGGCGGUUUUACUCCGCUCCACUAUGCUGCCCUGCAUGGCAACUCUGCCCUGGUCGACCUUUUCCUCAGCAACGCCGCUGACCCCAACCUGACGUGCGACGCGGGACAGACGGCGUUUCACUUUGCGUGCAGGCAGGGAAACGUUUACAUCAUUCAUAAAAUGAUGCAGCACGGAGCUGAUCUGCGCCUCGUGGAUCUGCAAGGAAAAUCGGCUUUGCAUCACGCGGUGACUGGAGGCAGCAUAAUUGCGGUGCAUUAUUUGUGGGAGACGGAAAUGCUGCGUUUCACGGACACAGACAUGCACCGGGUGACGCCCCUCCACCUUGCAGCAUCUACAGGCAACACAGAUAUGGUCCAGUACCUUCUCAAACACCAGCGCUGUGCUGCGGAUGACGUCGACCAGCAGGGGUGGACGGCUCUCCACGUUGCAGCAGAGCGAGGCGGUGUGGAGGUGUGCUGGAUGCUGCUGCAGAAAGCUGGGUGCAGGGUGCUUCAUGAGAAAAACUUCAACGGACUGACGCCACUGGACCUCAGCAGGCAGGGGAAAACAUUUAGGCAUAAACAGCUCACCAAACUACUGAGUCAGUACAUGAACGUGCCAAUCUACCACAAGCCCAAAGAGUCUGAUGCUUUGUACUACUGGACGCUGUUUUUCCCCGGCCUGAGCGGAACCGUCAUUCUGCUGAUAGCGGCCGUGAUGGGAGGUUACGGUGGUCUCCUUUGCAGCGUACUCUUCCCCUGGCUUGCCAGAAGCAUCUUCACACAAUACCACCGCAUGGCCACCUAUCAAAGGUUACCCAACCCCAUUUACUUGGGAACCCUCAUGGCCGGACUGCUUCAUUCCCUGCUUUGCUUUUAUUGGAAAAUAACAGCUAGUUCUGAGCCAACCGGUGUCCUGGUCCAGGUGUCUAUGGUCCACUUCUGCCUCGUCCUCGCUUUGUUCUGCAAGGUUCUGAGUCAGGACCCCGGGUCUUUGGAUAGAACGGAAUCAGAUCCUCGGUUCUCUUGUGUUGCUGACCUGGUGGAGAAUAACCAGAGCCCUCGCAGGUUCUGUCCCUACUGUGAGCUGUUCCAGCCAGACCACACCAAGCACUGCAAGCUGUGCAACGUGUGCAUUAAAGACUACGACCACCACUGCCUUUUCCUAAACAGCUGCGUCGGCCGGGGUAAUCACCGCCUCUUCCUCUUCUUCAUCCUCUCCAUGGUGAGCGCCCACCUCUUAUUCAUCGCCACGGCGGCGAGUUACCUUCACCACGAGAUGCCCGGAAGCAGUCUCGGCCUCUCGUGGUGGCUCACCUAUCUCGGGGAGGAGUUCUGGGUGACGUCGAUGGUGGUUAUGAACGCGAUCACGCUCCUGUGGGAGGCGUGGCUACUCACCGAGCAGUUUGAUGCCAUCGCCAUGGGAACAACUACUUACUUUGUACACUUAGAAAAUGUGAGGCGGCGGAGGCCGCUCGGGCAGCGCUGGGUUGCGGUGUUGGCGUUUCUGCUGGAAGGACGGCGACGGGUGGUCGGACAGUGCACACAAGACGACAAAGCUGCAAUAGACGUUUAAAACGCUCUCUUUUUGUUCACGCUUGCUCGUUUACAAACCGUCUGCACUGAGAUAGUCCUGAAUGUCACUUCAUUAGGUACGCCUUGUUCGAUGGCAAUUGGCCACUUCAUUUUAAAGUUUGAUUGAUUGAUUGAAUCUUUUAUUAGUAGAUUGUACAGUACAGUACAUAUUCCGUACAAUUGACCACUAAAUGGUAACACCUGAAUAAGUUUUUCAACAUGUUUAAGUCGGGGUCCACGUUAAUCAAUUCAUGGUACCGUUCACGCUCCAAUUAACGGCUCAAUUCAGUUAACACCGGAGCCGCCGGGUCGUGGUUUAUAAAAACAAAUGGCAUUAACAGCUGUGGCUGUAGGCAACCUUCUUAUUUUUCAUUUCACUUUCCUUUAUUUAACCAGGUAAAACUGUUCAAAUCUGUUUUGCAAGACUGACAGGUUGCAUAAAUACGUAGAACAACAACAAAACUGGAGCAGUCACACACUAUAGUUAAAACUACAAAUUACUUACUUAUUAUUAUCAUUAUUAGCAAUAAUACUGCUAACAUUAACAAUAUUAAACAAUCCCAUGUAUGUACAAAAUAACAAACACGACAGUACACAGUGUUGUCACUAUGACGGGUGCAACAUGAACAAUAUUAAACAAUAGAAAAUAACAGUGACGUCACUAUGACGGGUGUAACAUUAACAAUAUUAAACAAUAGAAAAUAACAGUGACGUCACUAUGACGGGUGUAACAUUAACAAUAACAGUGACGUCACUAUGACGGGUGUAACAGUGUUCAUUCAUUGUCUUUACCGUAGCAUAAAAAGUGCAGAUGGCC